AUGACUUGGAAAGCACAGAUUGACAAAUGCACAAGUGGAGCAAAGAUACGCAUGUCACUAAUGAAGAAACUUUCAGGAACAUUCUGGGGUGCAGACUAUUGCAUCCAAAGAAAACUCGAUGUACUCGAAAGCUAUAUCAGACCAGUACAGGAGUAUGGAAUGACAUCCUGGGGAACAGCAGCGAAAACAAACUUCGACAAAACUGCAAAAGUCCAAAAUCAAGCUUCACGCAUUAUCACUGGAACUAUAAAAUCAACACCCAUACAAGCUCUAAACACAAUAAUUGGACUCCAGCCCCUUGAAGACAGGCGAGACAUCAAAACUCUCAUACAGGCUUCCAAAUACAGAAGUUUGGAGAAGCACCCAAUACACGAGAGAAUGGUGAAGCCAACAAAGAGCCAAAUCAAGUGGAAAAGUUUCAUCCACCAGGCACGGAUGAUAAAGAAAACACAUAUAGAGCUCAUGAACCAUAAGAUAAAGAAAAUCCCAACAGACUGUUUGCUCCCAGCAUGGAAAAGACACAAGUUUCCUGACAUCACAGAGACAGUACCAGGGAUUCUCAAGAAGGAAAUCCAGACAGAAAUAGAAAGAAGAGGCCUUACCCUAGAGUUUAUGCACCAGACCUACCCCCAAGACCAGUGGACACAUGCAUAUACUGGUGGAUCAGCAGAAGAAGCAACCAGAAAUUGCGGCGGGUGA